AUGGGAAAGCCGUCAAUCGACCGGGCGCCGUACAGCGACGAUGCCGUGUCUCUCCAUACGCAGCCGGGCGACAGCUACCUGGACCACGACGCCCCCGAACUGCAAGACGACGACCUGCCGCCGCUCUACGAGGAUGUCGCCGACUCCAGCAGCAGCUCCGCCCCGCUGCUUGCCUCUACCCCGACCAACGUCCUCCCUCCCUCCGCCAUCUCCUGCACUUAUAAGGACGCCAACACGGGCCUAGAAUGCUUUCUCGACCCACAGCUGGAUGCCGACCCCAAGUAUCUUGAGUCUCAUCUACGGUAUUGGGCCUCAAUCCCGCCACGCCCAUAUGUCCGCGUCUUCGGAUCCCACCGUGAACGGGUAGACAACAAUGGCAAGAAGGAGAACAAGAGCGUCACGGACUUUGAUGUCAAGGUCGAGCUGACGCCGUAUCUGUUCUCGGACGCCUCGAACCGGAUCUCUUGGCGGGGCCUGAGCACCGUCGAGAAUGGCGAGAAGACACGCCGCGGCACGGUUUUGAGGAAGCGGGCCCCCGGACACAAGCAAGCGAUCGAGGUCGGACACACAGACAAGCCUACCCUGGCCGAAUGGUGUCACCUCUACUGCGCCUCGCACGCGGGGCUGAAAGUGUUCUCGCUGAAGAGGAAAGUCACCGGCUUCGACGCUGAGAAAUUGAAGGAGAGACUAGAGUCUAUGGUUCGGCAGACAAACUACCGCGGCAGUCUGCAGGUGACCUUCCCGGUGGUAAACGAUCAGGUCGACGUCUACAACGACUGUAAGACAAACCGCUGGCGGAUGACUAAUUGGAUUGCUUGGCUGUGCUAUCUUACUCUCAUGUUCAUCUUCACCUGGCCAUAUCUCUUCUUCCGCACAAAGCGCUUCGAGGUCGCCGUUGCAGAGUGGCCCUUUUCGCGACCUGGGCAGAACGGUACCAAGGAAUACGUCUCGAUCAGUGAGGAUCAGUGGUACAAUAUGUGGGCUAGAGCCGUCUCCAAAGCCGUUCUGGAGAAGCGUCAGGCCACGCUGGACCAGCAGGAUCUGAUAUCGUCACAAAGCAUGGACCAGCCAUUCAAUACUGGUAGCUCAACGGUCGAUGGCGCUUUGGGAUUCCUCAGAGCUGCUGUGAGCGCCACGAAUGAGGUGAAUAGACAGCUUGGUUGGGGAGGACAUACUUGUUGA